AUGGGUGUUGACGGACAGGACAAUUCCGACUUCAUGGCCCUCCUGGACCAAUCCAUGUUCGCCUCCAUGGCCGACGUCGACGUGCCCAUGACCAUCGACCCUACCGACGACGCGAGCCUCACGCCGGACGUAUUCGGCGGCCCCGACCCUGCCCCUACCACCGAGGAGUCGAUUGCCCGAGCCGAGAAUCAGUUCAACACCGCUGCCAACAAUGUCCCUGGCGCCGGGCCCGUUCCUCCCGGCUCGUUCGGUGCGCCAAGUCCCAUGACUGGCAACACUCUGACCGAGUUCACCAAACGAAGGAACUGGCCUGCAAAGGUGGUCGAGGAGAUCAAGGACUUCCUGCAGAUCCUCAACGCCGAAGGCCGCAUCAAGUAUGCAUCUCCAAGCAUCGCCAGCGUCACAGGCUACUCCACCGAGGAGAUCCAGGACGCCUUUCUCAAGGACCUCAUCCACCCGGAUGAUCAGGGCGUGUUCGUGUCCGAGCUCAACGAGUCCAUCGCCUCGGGCAAUCCGCUGCGCAUGUUUUAUCGCUUCAAGAAGAAGGACGGCGAGUACGCCAUUUUCGAGACUGUCGGCCAUGCGCACAUUGCCAGCGCCAAGUUCGCUCCCAACCCCAACAACCAGUCUCCUUUUUGCCAGGCCGUCUUCAUGAUGGCACGCCCGUACCCGACCAAGAAUGCUGGCCUCCUUGACUCCUUCCUGGAACACAAAAUUGAGAACGAGCGGCUGAAGCGACGCAUUGCCGAGCUUCGUCAGGAGGAGGAAGCUGAAACAAGCGAGGCACAGAAGCAGUGGGUGCAGAACCAAGAGGGAAGGUCCGAUGUGACUCCAUCGGAGAACACUGAAGGCUCCGCGGGCAAUUUCCACCGCACCGAAGGCAAGGAUCAGCUGUCAGAGGCAGACCGCAACGCCCUGAAUAUCGCUCUCACUCGAGAAAACCUGGAAGGUGCAGCAGCCGGUAGCCGCCCGGACUCUUUGCGUGAUAAGAUGGCGCGCUAUGAGGGAACUUCGCAUGCCGACACGAUCGAGAUGCUUACGGGGCUUCGGUACAUUGAAGGGGAGCGGAGCCGCGGCAUCACUACUGGGAAUGCGAGCCCGACGCUCAUCAAGGGAGACGCGGGCAUCGCAAUGCCGAUGGAACGAGAUCCACGGACAGGAGAAAAGAAGAAGAAGCUCAAAACGUCGGAGGAGUACGUGUGUACGGAUUGUGGAACCCUCGACUCGCCGGAAUGGAGAAAGGGGCCUAGUGGACCCAAAACCCUGUGCAACGCUUGCGGUUUACGAUGGGCGAAGAAGGAGAAGAAGAGAAACAACCUGAACAACCAGAGCUCGCAACCGACGCCGGCCCCUGACCACGCCAUGACUUGA